AUGAUUGUUCGACCUUCAAUUUUUAUAAAUAUUACAUCUAGAGCAUUAUCCAUAGUGAGAAAUCUUAGAAACAAUGUACCUCAGCCGGGUUUUGUAUCAUCGCCUACCGUUCCUCCAACAGUGAACAUACCUGAUCCUCUAUUAAAUCGUGGUGUAAUUUAUGAGCCUCCAUAUUUGUUUGAAACUGAUACCUAUCCAAAUUAUUCAAUGUUGGCAAUUACGAUGCGUGGCUAUGAUUAUGUUGUAUUAGAAGGCUUUUUUCGUUAUGUAGAAAAAGUAGCAAAAUCAUUGGAUGUCAAUGUACUAGAAAGUGUCGCUGUGCCAUCAAAAUCGUCUAGAGUAACAAUUUUGAAACCGAGAAGUCAACAUGUUGAUGUUGAAUAUACUUUGAAUUUGUACCAUCGAAUAGUAAAACUUUCAAAAGUUAAAACAACUAUUGCACCAAUUAUAUUUGAAUGUAUUCGAUUAAAUAUACCUGAAGGUGUUGAAUUAAAAAUUGGUGUACCAGAUAUUAAAGAUGAUGCAUUUCGUUAUGUACCUGAUGUAGAAUUAAAACAAUUACAAAGUGAAAUGGAUGCCAUUACUAAAGAAAAAGAAGAUAAAGAAAAAAUGAAAUAUUUAAAACGUGAACAAAAACAAAAAGACAAAAAUCAAGCUAUGCUUUUGUCUAUAUUAUCACCAACAUUAGUGAGCGAACCACUUCCUAUUACUUCAAAUGAACAUGAUGAAAAAUCAUAUGUGUACAAAAAAACGAUAAUGGACCAACUUAUUUUAACCGAAUUGGACUCGGAUUCAUUUGAUGUAGACAAUUUAAUAGAAAAUGUUGCCUAUAAAGCUGUCGACGGUAACAUAACAAAUCAAAAUUUUGAUCUAUUUUUAUUAGAAGAUAAAUUUAGAAAAGCAAUGUCAAUAUUACAAGCGCAACAAGUACUAAAUGAACGUACAAUUAAACAAUUACAAGAUUCAUGUGAACAAGAAAGACAAACAUGGUCAGGUAGUGUUGCUCAAUUAGAAGAAUUAUAUCAGAAUGCGUAUACUGAUCAACAAGAAUUAGAAAUGCGUAUUAGUGUAAUAUCAACAAAAGUUAUUCAAAUCGGACAUCAACUAGAAAGUAAAAGUAAUCCUCGUCAACAAUUAGUUGAAGCACGAACAACAGGCAAAUAUCUUGAACGAUUUUUGGAUUCAAAUGAUGAUGUAAUUGGAAUGUUUCAUGAUAUUUCAAAACUUGAACAAGCGGCACACGUUAUCCAUCAACUUUACAAUGUUUUACAAGAAUUGCCUGAUGAGCCAAAAUUUAUUGAAGCAAAAACAAAAGUAAAUGAACGUUACAUGGCCAUUGAAGAAAUGUUAUUACAAGAAUUUUCUCGUGCACAAGUUCGAAAUGAUAAAAAAGCAAUGAAAAAAUAUAUUAAAUUAUUAUCAAAAUUUAAAGGUUAUUUUGAUAAUCCAAAUAUUGACAUAUUCGAUGCUAUACCACAAUUAUUUACAAAAGUAUCAGAAUUAAUUAAUGAAUUAUUUGAUCAACCAGAAAAAGUCAUUGAAAAAUUAAUUAUAACGGUUUAUACAGAAAAAUUGACUCCUUACGUUAGAAUGAAACUUGAACCAUACGAGAAAAAUCCGGAUUUGGAAAAUAUGGAAAAAUAUCUUCAAACACUUUAUUUAUUAAAUAAAAAAGCAUCUAAAUUAUCGAAUGAUUUACAAACACAAAAGAUUAGUGAUGAUCCAGCAUUUUUACAUAAAUUAAAUCAAUAUGCUUUUAAAGGGUAUUUAAAAAGUUAUAGCAAAUACGAAUUAACUUGUUUAGAAGAAAAAUUUCAACUUCAACUCGAAAGAUUUGAAGAAAGUAGUGGUGGACAGAGACGAGUUAAACAAGCUGGAUUAACAAGUAUUACUGAUAUAAUUCAACAGCGACUAUUAAAUACCGGUGAUCAAGUUGAUGAAUCAAGAUUUUCACCAGAAUUAGGGGCAGCAUUAUUAGACGAUUGUAAAACAUCUAUGAACAGAAUAACAACGUUAUCGGAAGGAUUUGAAGCAUCAGAAAAUGUUUGUCAAUGUUUUUUACGUUUAUUAAAUGCUUUAUGUGUUCAACAUGUUGAAACAGAAUUACAAUUUAGUCUCAAUGCCAUACCGGGUAAUGAGCCGAAACAAGAACCAGAUAUUAAAUUUUUUCAUGCCAUAUUACAAACAAAUAAUAUCAUUCAAUUAGUUGAACGUUAUUUUGUAUUUAAUAUUGCACCGUUAUUGACUGGUGUACAACAACAGUCCGUUGCUUUACAAACAAAAGAAAAAGUAAUAAACCAAUUAGAGGAAUUGAUCAACAUCGGAAUAGACAAAUCAUUAUCUUGUAUGAUUGGCUAUAUUAGAAUUAUGUUAAAUGAACAAAAACGGUCUGAUUUUAGACCGGAAACAGAUCCUCUUAUAACAGAAUGUUCAAAUGUUUGCAGUCGUAUAGUUCGAUUUAUUGAUACACACAUUACUCGAUUAGAACAAGCAUUUGAUGGAAAAAAUUUGACUGAUGUAUUGAAUGAAUAUGGAAUACGAUUUCAUCGUGCAAUAAUCGAUCAUGUAUUCAAAUUUGAAUACAAUAUUACAGGUGGUUUAAUGAUGUUACAAGAUAUUAGUGAAUAUAAAAAAUGUUCAAAAAAAUUUCGUAGUUUAAUGGUCGAACAAUUAUUUACAAUAUUACAUGCUUUAGUAAAUCUACUCGUUGUUGUACCAGAAAAUUUAAGACAAAUUAGUACCGAAGGACAUCUAGCAACAUUGACACGUGAAAUAAUCGAAUCUUUUGUGAUGUUACGAGGUGAUUAUAGAUCAGCGAAAUUACAUAAUUUUAUCAAUUUAAACGAUUAA